AUGUCAGCUACUACUGGAGGUACUUUAUCAACGACUACACCAAAUAUCAGUAACAGUAGUAGCACCGGUGGUGGUGGACAUCAUAGAACACACUCGAGAAACAUCAGCAUCGGUGGAAUAGGAAAGAAUGUCGCAAAGAUCAAUGACUAUUCAUUCAGUUAUCUAACACCAACUACAAAACAACAGCACCAACAACAAUCAACACAAUCGAGUUCGACAACAACUACUACUUCUACUACCAAUAUAAACAUCGAUAAAAAGUCUAGUAACAACAAUCAUCAUCGUGGUCCAAUCAUUAAAACAACAAAAGAUCUGUUGGAGUUUUAUAAACGUUGCAAUCCUGAUUUCAGUUAUGUAUCGUCGCUCAAUCCAAGAAGAGUUUUAACACAUCCUUCCGAAGGUGUUUUAAACGAAGGUUUCGACAAUGUCAACUCUGAUUAUAUUAUAUAUGUCAAUGAUAUUAUUGGUUCAGAUUUUAAUCAACGUUAUAAAGUAUUGGAUACACUUGGACAAGGAACAUUUGGACAGGUUGUUAAAUGUCAGAAUUGCGAUACCAAUGAACUCGUGGCAGUGAAGAUACUAAAGAAUAAGAGUGCUUAUUUUCAACAGGGAAGAUUGGAGAUUGAAAUUUUAAGAAAGGUAAAUAUAGUUGAUCCAGAUACAGAGAUGAUUGGUGUGAUCAUUUUAAAUAUUACAUAUGAUCCAGAUAACAAAGCAAAUAUAUUAAGAUUGUUGGAUUCAUUUGUUUUCAAAAAGCAUCUUUGUAUUGUUUUCGAAUUGCUAAGUGUCAAUCUAUUCGAGUUGAUUAAGCAGAAUUCAUUCAGAGGAUUGUCAACCAACCUGAUAAAGGUAUUUCUCAUUCAGAUACUUGAUGCACUCAUAGUUCUAUCGAAAGCAAAUAUGAUACAUUGUGAUUUGAAGCCAGAGAAUAUUUUAUUACAAAGAUAUAUGAAAGCAGUUGAACUAACAAUAUUGUCUAUCAAUAAUAAUAACAUUAGUGUCAAUUCACCAAAUAUAAAGUUAAUAGAUUUUGGAUCGGCUUGUUAUGAAAAUCAGACUAUUUAUACUUAUAUUCAAUCGAGACACUAUCGAUCACCAGAGGUGCUGGUCGGUUUGCAAUACACUAGUUCCAUUGAUAUGUGGUCACUGGGUUGCAUAUCGGCAGAGUUGUUUUUAGGAUUACCAUUGUUUCCAGGUACAUCAGAGUACAACCAAAUCUGCAGGAUCAUCGACAUGCGUGGAAUGUUCUCAAACGAAAUGAUAGAGAAGGGCAAGAACAGCGCAAACUAUUUCAAACAAACCAUUGAAAAUGGAAAAGUUAUCUAUAAAUUGAAAUCAGAGGAAGAAUAUCAAAGAGUAACUAUCUAUUUCAAAACUGCAACUCUUACUCCACAGGAAAUAGAAAAAGAAAAACAUAAUAGAAUUGUAUUUACAGAUUUUGUUUCAGGUCUUUUAAAUUUGGAUCCAAUCGAUAGAUGGUCACCUAUGCAAGCUAGAGAACAUCCUUUUAUUACAGGUUCACCGUAUACCGGUCCGUUUGUUCCCGAUCCUCUAAAGAAGAAUCCAUUCACCUCCAGUGGCUCCACUUCCACUGCUGCCAAGCCAAUCAUGCUAAACACCGCCGCCGCCGCUGCCGCUGCGCAGAAUCACUCGUUCAACGGCAGCAACAGCAGCUUUGGAAAACGUGUUCCCAUACUCCCGCCAUUCAAACACUCGUUGGGUGGCGAACCGGCCUACUUCCCAGAGUCGUAUUCACCUCGUUCACUUUAUGGCUCGUUUUCAAACAACAACAACGGUAUCAAUUCACAUCAAUCAUCUUCACAACUGGCACUUGGACAGAGUCCAUCGAUGUUUGGAACACCUUCGAAUAUGUUUCCACCGGUUCCGUUCAGUCCACACUAUGGAAGCACUCCCUACUAUGGUUCAUGGGGCGGAUCCGACGGAUUACCACCUCCACCCCUCAAUUCUUCGAUUUAUCAACAACAACAGCAACAGCAACAACAACAGAACUCUAGACGUGGAAGAUCAAAGAGCGAUGCUCCUAAUUCCAAUGGUAACAACAAUAACAACAACGAUCUUUUACCACCAAGUAUGCAUAAUAUCAAUGGUGGUAACAACAACAAUAACAAUGGCAAUGGUAUGAUGAACAUGAUGCUCGAUGAUCAAUAUAGUUUAGACGCAGAGAAACCACCAAUGUAUCCACUGAAUUCACCACAGAGAAAGAGAUCUCAGUCUGGAUUGGUGCCGAUGGACAAUCCAUAUCAUCAAUUCAUCCCGAGAAUACAUUUGGAUCAUUGGAGCUCGUCGAAUCGCUUUCGAUCACAUAGCUAUGGUGAACAACACAACCAACAUCCAUCGAAUAAACAGCAACAACAACAGCAGCAACAGCAACAACAACAGUUACAACAAUCACCAUUACAACACUCUGCUCCACAGAUUUUCGAUUACAACAGACAGCUACAGCAACAGCAACAACAAUCGCAAAGGCAAUAUCAUCAUAACCCUCAAUAUUCACCACCCAUUCCAAAUUCACCUCAAAUCAAUCUACCACUUACACCUCAGUUGAUUUCACAAGAUCCAAUCAGUCCUUUGAUGGGCUCUGACUCUGGAAUGAUCAAUUGGAAUCCAUCGCCAUCCGAGGAGAUGUUGUUCCCAAUCGAACAACUGCUACCUUCACAACAACAAACACCACAAUUAACUUCACAGCAGCAGCAGCAAUCAGCCAACCCACUAAGUAAGAGUACAUCGAGUCCAGUGGGAUCACGAUUCAUUCCGCAACAACUACAGCAACCACAACAACAACAGGGCUGGAAGAUGGAGGACAUGAAUAGCAACUUCAACACGAUGCAGAUCAACGGUGGCGAGAGUGGCAGUUGGCAACCACCUUCAUCGCCAUGGGGUAUUCCACAAUUUUCGAUUCAAAACGAAUCACCCUAUGACAAUGGUGGUGGCGAUUCACAGCACAACAACAUGAUCUCCUACAGUCCCUAUGGUAUGAACACAAUGAUGUUCCAGUCGCCACCCACCUCGAAUUUCAAUAACUACGCCAUCAAACAGUCGCCACCCACCAGAACAUUCUACAACGAUAUGCAGAGUAAUAGUCAUGGUGCCUACAACAGCAACAACAACUAUGGUGUCGGUGGUGGAUCUAAUCAUCCACACUCUUAUAGUGCACCCUCGAAAUAUCAGCAGAUCAAUAACAAUCUUCAACAACAACAACAGCAACAACAGCAAUUGAAUCAACAGUCACCUCCUUCCUCUAAUUUUAACAACAUCAACAACAAUGGACAUCAGGUAGGUGGUAACAAACCCAUUAAAAAUCGACCAAGAAACGAUGCAUUUUCAAGAACAUCGCCACCUUCUUCACGAGCCCACCCACAACAACAGCAGCAGCAACAACAACAUCAACAAUCACCAACCAAACCAAUUUCACUUUCUCAAUCAUUUUCACAGCAACAGCAACAACAGCCAUAUCAAUCUCCAUCAACCCCGUUGUCUCCCAACACUCCACCAUUCAUACCACAACAAUAUUUAAAUCAUCCACCACUUCCAACAAUAGUACAACUACCAACAAAACAACAAUCAAAUUACAAUAAUCAACAACAACAACAACAUAAUAAUAAUAAUAAUCAAUAUAAUCAACAUCAUCAUCAACAACAUAAUAAGCAAAAUAAUCAACUCUCACAUUCAAAAGAAUUGAAUAACGAAAAUGAGGAAUCUAAACAACAACAACAAACUACUAUUCACAACCAAGAAAUCAAUACCAAUAAUAACAAUGGACAAAGCUAUUACUAUGAAUCAUUAUUUUGUGUCGACAUUGUUUUAAAUUGUCGUUUAAUUCGGAAUAUGAGUUCAUCUGGUGGUGGAAGUUCGAGAAGAGAUAGAGAUAGAGACAGAGACAGGGAUAGAGAUAGAAGAGGUGGUGGCGAUAGAAGAGACAGAAGAGAUAGAGACAGAGACAGGGAUAGAGAUGAUUUGACACCUACCAAAUCAAUCUUGACAAAGUCAAGAGUUUCAAAUUCACCAAUAAAGAUUGAACAGCAAAUAAAUAUUAAAAAAAGAGAGGAACCAACUUCACCUUCAGUAAUUGUUACAUCUUCAUCAACAGCAACAACUGAUCCACAAUAUUCGAUAAAUCAGAACCAAUCUACAACAACUACAACUACAACAUCAUCACAACACCAAAGACAAACAGAGACAGCAAAACAAAAUCAACAGCAGCAGCAGCAACAACAACAACAACAACAAUCGGCACAUUCACAACAACUAUCACCUUCAUUUCUACAUAAACCAGUUAAUUCAUCUGAUAACAACAAUAAUAAUAGCAACAACAAAAUAGAAGAAAUAUCACCUACACUUAGAAGUAGUUUAAUUCAACCUAUUAUCUAUACACCAAUUAAAAUACUAUCGAAAUUUAAAUUAAAUAUUGAUUCUGCACUUAAACUAUUGACAAAAGAUGAAAAUUUUAUGGUUGUUGGCGUUUUAGGUGGUCAGUCAACAGGUAAAUCAACUAUACUAUCAUCGCUGAUCACUCAAGAUCCACUGCAAUACCCAUUCGAAGUACAAACAGAAGCUAAUUUUUGUCUUGGUAAUCACCAGACCAGAGGAAUAGAUAUAUACGUUACACCCGAUCGUUUCAUAUUUUUAGAUACACAAGUAACUAUCAAACAAAUCAAGUAUACUAGAGAAUAUGCUGUCUUCCAAGAAAGUAAAUCAAUUGAUAUUCCUAUUUGUAAUUUAAUUCGUACCGCUCUUAUGUUAAAGAAUAGAGUACCAGAUAUCACCAAUCCAAUUCCAAACAAUGAUAUUGAAUCGAAUGAAUUCAUUGCGAAAAUGGUAUUUGUAUUUAAUAAACUAUCAGAAUUGGAUUUCAAUAUUGAAGAACUGGAAAAACCAUUAACCUUUUUAAUGGGAUCAAAAAUGAAUGAUUAUGCAAUUGAUCUUAAACCAAUUCCAGAUAAAUAUAUAUUUACUCAACAAUCUCAACCAACACAAACAUUUGCAUCGAUUCCCAAAUAUCAUGAAACAAUUGAACAGUUGAAAAAACGGUUACUUCUCAUGAAGGCACAAACCAAGUUUUCAAAGCCAAUGACAGAGAAAGAAUGGUUGGUCAACGCUGCAAAACUACAUGAAUUCAUUCAAGACUAUGAAUAUAUUGAUAAUUAUAACAAGGUUUUACAAUCAAAAAAGUAUAGAAACUAA